GGGGGGUUGAGAAAAUGGUGAUGUGGUACGAAUUGAAGGCGAGAAGAGGAGCCGGAGUGAGGGAUAAAAUCUAUGGGGAUCUCAGCAGCUGAAGAAUAACGGAACUCAAGUUUUCCAGGACAAGACAGCUGCUUUCAUUAAAGCUCUCCAAUUAACUUCAUGUGAAAAACACAGAGAGGAAAUCAACUUCCUGGUUGAGGGGUGGGUGGGUUUUGGGGGGCAGAUAGAUAUUUUAUUCAUGCCUUAUGUUGGAGCAACUGGAGAACCGGCUUUCCUGUGGCCUAGAUGUUCUAUACACACAUAUGCAUUUGUAGACAAAAAUAUUUUUGGAGAGAAUUUUAACCUUUUGGAGGAAGACUGACCCUUCAGAAACACCCAGAGAGGGCGAAUUAAACUCUUGUAGCCUCAAAGUAACGCAUUUGUGCAACAAAACAAACAAACAAAAAAGACAAAAAGGCUGAAGUGGGUUUGAAGCAUGGGCUGUGCUUCAAGUAUUCAUAUCUCUGAUAGGGUGGUCUACCACAGUGGAAAAGAGUCUGAGGAUUCCCACUCACCCCAGCAGACUAAUACAACUCAGCAUCAAGGAAAUCCUGCCUCUGGACUACCCCUGAAACCCCCUAGCUGCAAGACCACAUUAACAGAGGUGCAGUUUGGACCAAUGAAGCUAUUUAAAGACCCACUUCAGGUACUUUUAGUUUUUGCCAAAGAGGACAGUCAAAGUAAUGGCUUCUGCUGGGCGUGUGAGAAGGCCAACUACAGGUGCAACGUGGCGCGGACACCUGAAUCCGCUCUUGAAUGCUUCUCAGAGAAGCAUCAUGACCUUGUCAUCAUUGACCACAGACAUUCCAGACACUUUGACGCUGAAGCCCUGUGCCGGUCAAUGAGAGCGGUCAAUUCCUCAGAAAACACUGUGAUAGUCGCCAUCGUGAAAAGGCCAGACAGAGAGGAAGCCUCUGUGAUGCCGCUAAUCAAUGCUGGCUUUAAUAGGAGGUAUGUGGAAAAUGCCAAUAUGAUGGCCUGCUACAAUGAGCUGCUACAGCUGGAGCAUGGAGAGGUGCGGGCACAGUUCAAACUGAGGGCUAGCAAUGCGAUUUUCACAGCUCUGGAACAAAGCCAAGACGCCAUAGAGAUCACUUCUGAAGAUCAAGUUAUUCAGUAUGUGAAUCCUGCCUAUGAAUCCAUUAUGGGCUACCAACAAGGCGAGCUAAUAGGGAAGGAAAUAAUAGAAGUGCCUAAAAGUGAGAAGAAUAAGCCUGAUCUCCUUGAAACGAUAAACUCCUGUAUACGAAAAGGAAAGGAGUGGCAGGGGAUUUAUUAUGCCAAAAAGAAGAAUGGAGACAACAUUCAGCAAAAUGUGAAAAUCACACCUGUAAUUGGACAGGGGGGAAAAAUCAGACACUAUGUGUCUAUCAACAGGCCUUUAAAUGAUAAUAAUAAGUGUGAUAAAUCCACCGAACGUGUGCAGGCAGAGUCGCAAACAGAUAUACAAUCCAGUAAGCACAAAGACCGGAGGAAAGGCUCUCUGGAUGUUAAAUCCAUAACGUCACGGGGGAGUGAUGGGAGCUCACAGAGAAGACACUCCUCAAUGGCCCGAAUUCACUCCAUGACGAUAGAGGCUCCCAUCACCAAGGUUAUAAACAUCAUAAACCAGGCACAGGAAAGCAGUCCUAUGCCUGUGGCAGAGGCCUUGGAUCGGGUACUGGAGAUCCUGAGGACCACAGAGCUCUAUUCCCCGCAGCUGGGCACCAAGGAUGAAGAUCCCCACACAAAUGACCUUGUGGGGGGGCUGAUGACGGAUGGUUUACGUAGAUUGUCAGGAAAUGAAUACAUCCUCGCCACAAAGCAGCCCCACCAUCUGCCGAGUCACCUGGCAACCCCUCUAUCAUUAAACGACAUCCCCCCUCGGAUUGCCCAGACCAUGGAAACAGAGGAGUCAUGGGACUUUGACAUCUUUAACUUAGAGGCUGCAACCAUGAAAAGGCCUUUGACCUUCUUAGGCCUCAAGAUUUUCUCCCGCUUUGGGGUGUGUGAGUUUUUAAACUGCCCUGAAGCUACUUUGCGCUCUUGGCUGCAAGUGAUUGAAGCCAACUACCACUCCAGCAACUCCUACCACAACUCUACCCAUGCAGCUGAUGUCUUGCAUGCAACUGCAUAUUUUCUCUGCAAGGAGAGGGUUAAGCAAAGUUUAGAUCCUAUUGAUGAAGUGGCUGCUCUGAUUGCUGCCACUGUGCACGAUGUUGACCACCCGGGCCGGACAAACAGCUUCCUGUGCAACGCAGGAAGCGAGCUGGCCAUCCUGUACAACGACACAGCUGUGCUAGAGAGCCACCAUGCUGCCCUGGCCUUCCAGCUCACCACGAGAGAUGAUAAGUGCAACAUCUUCAAACACAUAGAAAGGAAUGAGUAUCGAACAUUACGGCAGGCCGUCAUAGAUAUGGUGCUGGCAACGGAGAUGACCAAACACUUCGAACAUGUCAACAAAUUUGUGAACAGCAUCAACAAGCCGCUGGCUGCUCUGGAAGAGAAUGGGGGAAACAGUGAUGAGGAAUCUGUCAAAAGCAUCCUGACGUCCCCUGAGAACCGUAUCCUCGUCAAGCGGAUGCUGAUUAAGUGUGCAGACAUCUCUAAUCCAUGCAGGCCUUUGGAGCUCUGUAUAGAAUGGGCUGGGCGCAUCUCAGAGGAGUAUUUUGCACAGACAGAUGAGGAGAAGAGACAAGGUCUACCGGUGGUCAUGCCUGUGUUUGACAGAAACACGUGUAGCAUCCCAAAGUCCCAGAUUUCCUUUAUAGACUACUUCAUCACAGACAUGUUUGAUGCAUGGGAUGCUUUUGCGGACCUCCCCAAUCUUAUGCAGCACUUGGACAACAACUUCAAGUACUGGAAGGGCCUUGAUGAGCGGAAGCUGCACAGCCUGCGACCACCUCCGGAGUAGCUGCUGCAGCGUUCGGACCCUGACGCGGCCCAUAAUCCAGGGCAGAACCUUCUUUUCUACCGCUGAGGCGUCUCUCUCCCCGUCAGCCCAGGCCAGGCACACAGGACCUCCUAGCCUUCACUCUCCUGCUUCUGUAGCACGCCGAGCGCCCACAUGUCCGUCCACAACAGAAAACCACAGAGGGACUUCUUGACAUUGCGGAAAUGCUGCUGACUUCACACGCCUGUCGGAUGGGAACUGUGACCAUUGGACACGGACAUCCAGCUUCCUUAUGAACUUCUGCAUUGGCAGUGUAGCUGUUGGCAUGACUGAAAGAUGGGUGGGGGUCCUCGCAGGUCUCUAUGGCAAAGCAUCCAUCCUCUGAUUACCACGUAGGCACUCCCGCCUGCCUGUGAAGUUGCUGUUAGGAUUUUAAAACUGUCUAGUCCACGUAAGGUCAUGUAAUCACUUUCGACCUCUAGCUCCUGCACUCGCAGUGAAGCAGGGCCGCUCCUAGAAACCUUUGGAGGCCACGUCAUGAAAGUACACUCCACCGCUUAUCUUGUGUUUGUUUGUUUGUUUUCAGGCAACGUUUCCACGUGUCCUUCAGAAACAUGGCUGUCAUAACAGAAAUAAGAGCGGAUGCUUUCUUCAUGGGUCGGGGAUGAACCUUUAUCCCAGGCCAUUGCUCAGAGACAAAAAACACAAUCCUCAACAUCUUGAUCAUGGGUAUCUAAUUACAGGUUAUUUGGUAUGCUCAUUUUUUUCUUGUUCCAUAUUUUCUACAUUAAAACCCACAAACAAAUUAGUAAAUAAGUAAGAACAGAAUAAAUAAAAAAUAAAAAAGCCAAAGCUAUUAAAGACGAAUACCAGUAUAACACUCAUAAAUUUACAAUUAUUAUUAUUCAUGCAACCUUAUUAAGCAUUUUAUUUUCGUAUCAAGAGUACAGUACCAGUUUGAAUAAACGAAUGGAGCCUUCUGUAUUGCACUGUACACAAUAUUAGAAGUGUCUACGUCUCAGUGAUUUGUCCAGGAACAGGACGUUGGGUUAUAGAAUAAGCUGUUUUUCUGUUGAUCAUCAGGAGAUCGUCCACUUGUGUGAACGUGUGUAGGAGUGUUGGUUUUUUUCUGUUCAGUUUUUUUUUUUUUUUGGUCGUUGGUGUGUGAAUGCGCGGGUGUGUUCAUUGUUGCAGCAGUCCCAUACUCUUAGUUUGAUGCUGUAAAACCGCUUGACAUUUGACAACAGCAGAAAUAUGUGAAAAACGUUUUUGGACUUGAACAGUUUUUUUUUGUCCUCCCAGAAAUUUUUUGUAUCUGGUUUAUUCUACUGAAAAAAAAAACAAGACUGCCUUAUUUUGUACAAUAUUUAUACAGUACAUCCCACUGUGCAACUGCAAUGGACAUCUGGAGUUUUUUCUUAUGACACAGUCAGAAGGUUACCUUCAAGUAAAUCUCGAUAUUUUUAUAGACAAUGAAUUUUACACUGGAUUUGACGCAGAUGAGAUCAACCAUAAUAGCUAUCUGAACACCUGUGAAGGAGAAAGCUGCACAGAGCGUGCAUAUAAAGAGCUAAAUGGUAAAGCAGGAUGUGGAUCGCAGAGUUGUCCAUCACUGUCUUUGAAGCAGAGUCCUGGAGGCCAGCUUGCAUUGAUUUUUUGGUUUUUGUUUGUUUUUUGAUCAAACAUCACUCUAUUUUUGGCCAAUUAUCCAACAUCCUUAUGCACAGACCCGGGUAACAUCUAUUUGUUCAAAGUUGGAUUCAGAUUAGGAUACUAAUAUGUUAAAGAUUGAUGCUUCUUGAAAAGAUUUCCUCUUUAAACAGUAUAUAAAUGCCAUAACAGCUAAGCAAGUAAUGGUUAAUCAGAUGCAUUAACCAAAAUUAAUAUUGUUUCUCUCCUAUGACAGAAAUGUACACUUAAUCAAGGGAUUUGUUGGUUCCUUCUGAUUCACGUUUUGGUCUGAAGGCACGGGGAAAAAAAUAGAAACUAUUCAAUGAAAAAUAAAAUAAUGUCAACUAUA